CUCAUCGUCGGCCAAGAACUUAUAUCGUAAACUGGUUAGAAUUCCACCGCCAACCCCAAACAAGGCGGCGACCGCAAUGACUAAACCAGUUUGCGACAUCUUUAUCAACCACCGAGGGAUCGAUACGAAAAGAACCAUUGCCGGUUUACUCCAUGAUCAUUUGUUCAGGUUGGGUUUAAGGCCUUUCUUGGACAGUCGGAGUAUGAAUCCCGGUGAACGGUUGUUCGGGAAAAUAAAUCCAGCUAUCCGGAGCUGUAAACUCGGCGUGACAAUAUUUUCUCCCAAUUAUUGCGAUUCAUACUUUUGCAUGCAAGAGCUUGCCCUUUUGAUGGAGAAUAAAAAAAGGGUCAUCCCAAUAUUUUGCGACGUGAAACCUUCUCAGCUUCAGGUUAUGGAUUAUGGGAUACGCUCGGCUAAGCAAUUGGAAAGGUUUAACUUCGCUCUCGAGGACGCGAAGUACACCGUCGGACUUGCAUUCGACACUUCGAAAGGGGACUGGCCGGAGUUCUUGAACUCUGCAACUGAAGCUGUGAUUAAGAACUUGGUGGAGUUGGAUGCUCAGAAGUCAAGCAAGAAGAGACCAUAUAUUGUGCAUGGUCGUGAAUAUAUGUAUAUGAAGAUUUAGAUACUCAUUUA